AUGCUGAAGACACCAAGCACCCAAUGUUGGUCGCUAUUAUUGAUCAUUUCGUUGAUCUUGACGUUUUUUUUUAUGUUCACCUAUGGACAGUUCGUGCCGCGUCAACUGCAUUUUUGGAACCUCUUCGGAUUCAUGCGAAAUAAUGGCAGUGAGAUUGAGGCGUCUGCGCCACAGCUGGAGUUCUUUAUGCCUCCAGUGCCAGUUGAGAAGCAGCUGAAACUCAAGCGUGGUGCGCCUUUUAUAUAUCAGAUAUUGCACUAGUUACAUCGGAUAUAUAUUCUAUUAAAUUGAAUGCUUAACUAUACAUAUAUUAUUAAAAAUAAAUUACACAUU